UUACUGUACAUAUAAUGGAUAUUAAUGACUAAUGCUCCAGUGUUUAGUCAGUCGUUGUAUAAAGUCAAGGUUCUUGAAAACACCCCGUUGCAAACCUCCAUUCUCACUGUCAGUGCUGAAGAUUCAGAUGAGGGAAUAAACAGUGAAAUAUUAUAUUCAUUUAUUAGAAGAGGAAACAUCAAUCCUGAUGCUUUAUUCUCAAUAAACCCAGACACAGGGGAAAUAAAUGUGAUAGGACAGAUAGACUUUGAGGAAACUGCAGCGUAUGAUAUCCGCUUGCAAGCCAGAGAUAAAGGCACGCCUUCAAGGAGUGUUCACAGUAAAAUGUUAGUGGAAGUGAUAGAUGUUAAUGACAAUGUACCCGAGAUUGUGGUCACAUCCUUGAUGAGUCCAGUUAAAGAAGAUGCUGAGACAGGAACUGUUGUUGCUCUGGUGACCGUGACUGACAAAGAUGGGGGUAAAAAUGGUAUUACCAGAGCUCAGGUCAUGGGGUCGGCUCCUUUUAUGCUUAAGCUAAAUUAUAAAAAUUAUUAUUCAUUAACAGUUGAUGGACCUCUAGAUAGAGAGAGUGUCUCUCACUAUAAUGUCACAAUUUAUGCUAUAGAUGAGGGCAAUCCACCCCUUUCUAGUACUAAUGUUAUCCCUGUUCACAUUUCAGAUGUUAACGAUAAUGCCCCUAAUUUCUCAGAUUCUGUAAUAAAUGUUUAUGUCAAAGAGAAUAGUGCAGUUGGAACCAAUAUUGGAAUUAUAAUGGCACAGGACCCAGAUGAGGCAGAAAAUGCUAAAAUAAGGUAUUCAUUAUUAGGUAACUUUUCAAAAAGUAUUCCAAUAACUUCAGUUUUAAACAUAAACUCUCAAACUGGAGAUAUUUUCUGUCUGGAGACAUUUAACUAUGAGGAGUUAAAAACAUUUCAGUUUAAAGUUCAAGCAAAUGAUUCUGGUGUUCCUCAGCUAAGUAGUAAUGUGACUGUUAAUGUUUUAAUCCUGGAUGAAAAUGAUAAUAAUCCAACUAUUUUAGCUCCUUAUUCCUGAGCACGGCUCUGUUAACAGUGAGACCAUUCCUUAUUCUGCUGAAUCUGGAUACUUUGUAGCAA